AUAAUUUAUAUCCUAAUGUUUUUUUUUUCCCUUUUCCUUUGAUGCCUCACUCCUUUAUCAAUGCAAUGUCAUCUCAAGAGAGUUUUUCUGUGUGCUCUCACAGCACGUUUCUGUUCUUGUUGGCAGUGUCAUUGUCUCUGCCUUCUUCCACAACAACACUUCACUCUUUCUUUCUCCAUUCUCUUCAACCCCACCACAGUAACAAAAUCAUUCAACCUGUUCCAUAACUUGAAUCUUUUGGAACUUUGCUUUAAUGGGUUUGAACUAUAUAUUCACCUAAUCCAGUUUUUUCUAACUGCUUCAUUAGUUUUUAUAUAUAUAUAAAAAAAAAAACAUUUUUUUAUGUUUAUAAAUAUGUGUUUUUGUUUUCUCGUAUUACACAAAGUUUGAGACAUUUCAUGUUCUGUUUCAGUUUCUGAGAAAACCCUGUUUUUUUUUUUUUGUUUCUGAAAAAAAAAAUGUCAAAUUUACAAAUGGCCCAUGUUGAUUUAGAGCAAGAAAAUCAUCUUCAUCGCCAUCAUCAUCAUCAUGGAAGUGAUGUGAGUGGUGAAGGAAGUGUAUGUUUCUCUGAUGCAGACGAUGGUGGUUCAAGCUAUUCUCAUUUCUAUUCAACAAAUGGUGGUUCAAGCUAUGAUGAUUACACUUUUGCUUGUGUUUCUGAUCCUGAACUUGGUUGUGUUCAUGAUUCUAGAAGAGUUUCUUCUGUUUCUGAUUGUUCUGUUGAGGUUGAAAUUAGAAUUGAGAGGGUUCCUGAGAAUAAGGUGCAUUUGGCUAAAGUGGAGAAAGAUUGUAGGAUUUGUCAUAUGGGUUUGGAGAGUGAAAGCCAUGAAUCUGGUCCUCCAAUUGAAUUGGGCUGUUCUUGUAAAGAGGAUUUAGCUGCUGCUCAUAAGAAUUGUGCCGAGGCUUGGUUCAAGAUUAAGGGAAAUAGGACGUGCGAAAUUUGUCAUUCGAUUGCGCGGAACGUUUACAGUCCAAAUGAGGAUUUAACAGAGCAUGUGAGCGAGAAUAACAAUGCGACUGCAUCAUCCACACUCUCAACGGCCGUUCCUACAGCAGAAACUCAAAGAUUUUGGCAUGGCCAUCGCUUCUUGAAUUUUCUGCUUGCUUGUAUGGUUUUUGCAUUUGUCAUAUCAUGGCUUUUCCACUUUAAUGUGCCAUCAUCUUAGGUUCAUUCAUGACUUAAUGCACAUUUGAAGUUACUAGGGAGCAAACAAGCCAAAGAGACAGAAAGGGGGAAAAAAGAGAGAUAAAAAAAAUGAAGUGUCCAAGGAGAUAGGUUUUCAGGGAAUGAAUCCUUCUAUAAUUUGAGGCAUUAUUGAAUCUUUCUUGAAUUUCUGUUGUGCAUUUGUCCUAAAUUAUUUAGCUUCACAAAAUGUCUUCCAGAAUCCAUGUAAUUUCAUGACAAGUACUAGAAUGGUUAUUCAAAAUGUAUAUUAUAUAUCAUAUUAUAUAUUGUGACUCAA